UCAUAAGUAACCCGGAAGAGGAGGAGUCAGUCGUGACAUCUGCACGUCGAGAGUAAAAAUGUCGGAACAGAGCUGUGAUUGUUCCGUCUGUUCUUUGGCACCGGUGAACUCUUUGCUCGUUUUAACAAGUGAACGUUGAGAACAAGUAUUUGCUGAGCUGGUAUGAGAGCGGAAUGUCGUUUCAAAUUGAAACUAAACUAAGUAACUGUUUAAUUGUCUGUAGACAGUUUUCUAGAUAUGCUUAACAGCUAGCUAACCCUGUUUGGUUAUUUGUCAGCUGUAGUGAAGCUCGUUUUUCUCUGUUCCUGAGUCAAAAUCUUCGAGGCAGCAGCACGUCAAGGAUCGAGCAGGACCUCGGAGAGUUUUUGCUGCUGGGAGAGCCACGUCAGCCUUCUGUUCUAUAAAGUAGUUGUUUGCUUCACCUUUUUUAGCCAAACAACCCUAUUUUUCCUGCUAUAAUGGCACCUAUGGGGAUUCGGCUCUCCCCUCUUGGUGUGGCGGUGUUUUGCCUGCUGGGACUCGGCAUCAUCUACCAUUUGUAUGCUGGCGUGAUCUCCAGCCGUCUGUCUGCCUUCAGGCAGGUUAAAAAAGUGGAUUUGAGAGAACUUCUUGCCGUCUCGGUGGAGGCUGCAGUACUCGGUGGUAAAGAGGUAAAAAGAAUACGUGAUGAGAACAGUCUGAACGAGAAAUCCAAAGGAGAAACAAGAGAGGGGGCCAAAGAGCUGCUGACCACGGGUGACCUGCAAUCUCACAGGAAGAUGUUCAACCUUUUAAGCAACACUUUCCCUGAUGUCACGGUUCACAGUGAAGAACAUGACAACGUUUUGGAUUCAGUAACCUGGGACAAAAAAAUACCAGCUGAAAUAUUAGAAAAAGUCAAGGAAAGUACAGAGGUUCCUGCUGACAGCAUCACCGUGUGGAUCGAUCCUCUAGAUGCAACUCAGGAGUACACAGAAAAGCUUGUGAAGUAUGUGACCACCAUGGUGUGUGUAGCUGUAGAUGGUCGCCCAGUGAUUGGAGUCAUCCACCUGCCGUUCACAGGGCUCACAGCCUGGGGGUUUGUAGGUCAGGGAUCAAACGUGCACGUCCGCUCCUCCUAUACUUAUAACCCCCCAAAGGUGAUUGUGUCGCGUUCCCACUCUGGAGAAGUUAAGAAGUUUAUUCAGGACGCUUUUGGAAACAACACAACAAUAAUAACGGCAGGUGGAGCAGGAUACAAGGUCCUGUCACUGUUGGACAUCACUUCAAGUGAAUCUGACCCCAUGGAUCAAGCAGACGUUUAUGUCCACAUUACCUUUAUUAAGAAAUGGGAUAUCUGUGCAGGCGCUGCGCUGCUCAAUGCACUAGGAGGACACAUGACUACUCUGAAGGGUGAGGAAAUUGACUAUAGUGGAACUCCUCUCAACAAAGGAGGGCUGGUUGCAACCAUCGGUGAAAACCAUAAGUCUAUAUUAGAAAAACUACCAAACUGGGACCCUGAGAAGCACUGAAAGAUGUGAAGAUUGAACCGUUGAAAGCUAACUUCAUUCAGAAGUUCACUAAACACAGCCGGCCUGCUCAGUUUUUCUUCCUCCUAAGACACUGAACUUCAACCAGUGGGAAGAUUUGGACUGAACCCGGACUAUGGAACCAACGUGGCUCCAAAUCCACUCCUCAGCGAGCAGGUUUACAAGAGCUGAACAUUAUUUUCUCAUCUUCUCAGACAGUGAAACAGACAACAAUCUUUCCUAUUUAACGCUGGGCAGAACACAUUUAAAAACACUGUGAAACUGGUUCGUCAGGCUUGUUAAAAAAAAAAAAGUCAGAAUAUUUUAAAGGGAAAAUGUGUCACACUUUUCUUUCACUGCUCAAAUGUUCUAAUCUUAAAAAAACUGCUUAUUAAUAAAAAAUAAGUAGGGAUAAGAUAUCUAAAUGACAUGAGUUUUGUAAGGAAGAUAAUAAAAUACAUUUUAAAUAAUUUAUCAAUAAAAUCAUGAAAUAAAGUCAUGAAUGGGUGUAGAAUAAUCAAAAUAAUUAUCAAAUGGACAAGCUAGCUGUCCUUUCAGAGAGUAAACAAAGCACAAUAUAUUAACGCAAGUCAACUGCAUUUGUUGAAAACUUGUCGCUAUGAAGAAAAAAACCUGGAUACUUUUUGUAAAUUCAUCAGUUUCUUAAGGGUUCUGUAAAUACACAAGUUGGUUCUUUUCAAAAGACUUUCUUUAACUUCUCCAGUGUGCAUGUUUGCUGGAUAAGUAUAUUCGUUUGUGAUUUAAGGGGUGCUGGAGAAUGGAAAAAAUAACUUUCUCCUCAAGGGAUGUCAUAACAAUAAGUGCCAUCAAAUCUCAAGACUUUCCGUCUGAAAACUUUGUUUCAGCCUUUAUUUUAUGGGAAAUGCCUUCAAGUCUGGUGAAUACAAAUUAGUACAUCUUUUUUUAUUUUUUUAACUUUAUUUAUGCCAUAAAUGUUAUGAUUUGUUCUAAACAUCUACCGCUUCGAUGUAUCUGAAUUUAUCGUAGAGCUGUACAGUUGGACUUUCUAAAUUUAAACUGGGUUUGUCAUGUGAAUAAAUUGAAAUAAGACUUAUUUGUGAACA